GGCGCAUAACCUUUUUUGAAUCUUUAGUAGGAAACCGACCAUCGACUUCUUCAGAUCAAUUAUAUUUUAGUUAAAAAAAAAAUCUUUUCGGUUAGCACGGUUACAAUAAUUGUGAGUGUGCCAGCGUAUGAAGAGUGAACGGUUGAGAAAAAAAGGUGAAAGGUGUUGAAAAAGAAAAACCAACAUUUGACCAAAAUGAUCACUAAUUAUUUAUGUGAAGUUUGAGAUUGAACAAAAAAAAAUCAGUCAAACAAAUUCAAAAAAAGAAAUUAUAUUUAUUGAAAACCAUCGAUUUAAGUGGCACAUGCAUUAACGGUAAACUCAUUUGUAGAGGACAAAAAAAAACCUGCAAAAACCGUUGUUGUUAAUGCAACUAUUUUGUAUAAUUCGAUUAAAGAACAUUUAAUAAGAUACAUUUCGAACCGAAUCGAACGACAAAUUUAUUCUUUUUGUCACAUUAAGAAUCUUUUUCUCGGUCUUUUUUUUUGUUUCAAUUUAAAUUAAGUUCAAGUAGCAACGUAGCAAAGCAAUAUAACCAAAAUGACGAAAACCGAUCAAGUCACGACAAUAACCCAAUUGAAAUUGGCAAAAAAUGCCACAGUGAAUAUAGUGGAUGCCGAUUAUGAUAAGCAAAAAUGUGAAAUCGUACAAGAAGAUCUACAAAAUAAUAACGAAAUCAAAUGUGGAGUUUUGUGCGAUUAUAAAUAUGAAGCAGGUCAACAUAAAACCGACGAACAAUUAGCCCAUGAACCAGUAUUAACAUUACCACCUAAAAAGACCAAAUUUCUAUGGAUGGAAUUUGAUGCACCGCUCAAAUGGGAUAAUAUAUCUGGAAUAAUCAUCAUCCACGCACUAUUCUUAUAUUCGAUGGUAUGCUGCGAACCUUUGCCAAAAUUCUGGCAAACAUAUGCAUGGGGUUUUUUCAUAGGUGGAUUAAGUGGCUUUGGCGUAACUGGCGGUGCGCAUAGAUUUUGGACACAUCGUUCGUAUAAAGCGAACACACCAUUGCGUAUCAUUUUAAUGAUUUGCUUUACUAUAUCCGGUCAAAAUUCAAUUUAUGAAUGGGUCCGUGAUCAUCGUGUGCACCAUAAAUUCUCGGAGACGGAUGCCGAUCCGCACAAUUCAAAUCGUGGUUUCUUUUUCGCACAUGUUGGCUGGCUUAUGAUGCACAAACAUCCCGAAGUCGUUCGCAAAGGCAAAAUGCUAGAUUUGACCGAUAUUAUGGAAGAUCCAGUUGUACGAUUCCACCAAAAAUGGUUUAUUCCGAUGAAAUUGCUGCUUUGCUUCAUUUUGCCCGUUGUGAUUCCAAUGUAUUGGUGGGGAGAGGGCUUUUACUGGUCCUUCUUUUCACAAAUUGUAAUUCGUUAUACCCUUUCAUUGAACUUUACAUGGCUUGUGAACAGUGCGGCUCAUAUGUGGGGUACUCGACCAUACGACAAAAAAAUCAAUCCAGUUGAAAAUAUUGCCGUAUCAAUUGCUGCAAUGGGUGAGGGAUGGCACAACUACCAUCACGUCUUUCCAUGGGAUUACAAGGCGGCUGAAUUGGCACAUCGUUUUAACGUCACCACCUUUUGGAUUCAAUUGUUUGCUAGAAUGGGCUGGGCAUAUGAUCUCAAGGAACCCUCAGCUGAAUUGGUGCGAAAAACCAUCGAAAAAUGCGGCGACGGAACUCAUCCAGAGUUUGGCCACCACAUGAGCGAGGUCCCACCACCUGAGGAGAUGGAAUCAAAUGCUCACUUAAAAUCAUCAUAAGUAUGCUGACAACAUACGCAAUAUGCAUAUAUUUACACAUCGUAAUAAAUAUUUUUAUAGACAUAUUAUAUACUAUUUGCAAA